AUGAGAAACGGCCGGAAACCUACUGCUAAAGGUGAAGGUGAAGGAGAGGUAAAUGCUCCAGUAGACGUGGCAGUAACGAACUCGGCACUUGCGACUUGUGACCACCAUCCUGCGCGAAACAACUCGUACUUUGCAUAUGCGUGCACUGCUCUCCUGUAA